UAUUAUUGCUUCUGCUUUCAUGCAUCUCCUUGAGUAUAAUGCUUCUCUGGAAACCCAGUAUAUCAAAGACCAAGCCCUGAUCUACAGAACAGGUAGGAUAUUGAGAGAGACUAAAAACACUCUUGAUAUUCUACUUUACUAUUGAUUACUAGCACCUUCUUCACCUAACUUUAAUCCUAUCAAGAACAUGUGGUAGAUACUCAAGCAAAGAAUCAAGGUAUGGGAUACCUUUCCUCAAAAUUCUGUGAUUUGAGAAAGGCUAUUCAGAAAGAGUGGGAUUGUUUACAGCCAUCCUCAUGGAACCAGUAUAUAGAUAGUAUACCUGUAUGGCUCAUACAAGUCAAGGAAUGGAAAGGGAUGCAAACAGAGUUUUAAUGCUUUUUGUUUAUUCUUAUUCAUCAUCUCUACUAUGCCUGAUUUUCUUUGAAUUUUCCUACUACUUCUGUUAUUGAGCUAUCAUUGUUGCUUUGAAACUGUUGGUCGUUCAUGAGAUGAGAUGUGUGGCCGUUACCGGUGCUUUUUGUCGCGGGCCUCGUGCGAAGGAAAUGAACAUUCAGAGGAUUUCAGCCGGGAGAGUGAGGUCCGGGUCAACGGGGCACGACUGUGUCUGAUAACUUUUGGCAAAUUUAGUAUUAUUGGUAACUUAUGAUACUUUGUAUGAUACUCGGACAUGAAGCUCCACCCUAACCCAUGCUUUCCCCCAUUCCGAUGAUACCGUGGGCUACGGUGCGGUGGUCUGCUCCAUGCCCCGCACAGCGCACCAACGAACUCGCAUGAUAUCAUAAGGACAAGCACACCUCCUGCCAAACCUCUCGUGGGGUUACUCCGACACCCGGAGAGGAAGACAAUUAUUCCGGCAUACUGCCUCCGGGGCUGUAAAACCACUGGCAUUCAGCCGAGGUAUCACACGUUUGCCGCUCUCCUCCUGGUCAUCGCAUGCGGCACGGGGGCUACAGCACCACUUGUGGACCCAAACCCUCCAAAGCACGGUGCAAACACCGCACGAGUAUCGUAGCGUACAGUACAAGUACGGACGGCCCGCGGCAUCCAACCACCGUAGCUCUCUUCAAGCAUUGGCGGCUUUUAUCCAGAACACGCCUGCACUCCCUGAAAGGGAAUCAGAACCCCCCCCCCCACACACUGAGACUACGCCACUACCGAUAAGAUGGCAUCAGGUUCCGCCCUUACACUUGCAAAGAGGAAUCUGAGGAUGGCCGUGAAGAAGACCCUGUCUACCAUCUCCCCCGAGAGUCUUGCGAUUCAAUGUAAGGUAUUCCACCACCCAACACUGUAUUCAUAUUGCCGGCUCUCCACAUUCAGUUAUUCGUGUGAAUGAUGGCCGGUGUAGGGACCGAGGGGAAGAUUCAAGCUCUAAUGGUAGUCCUAAAGCUCAAUUAUGUGUCGACACACUUCUGUCUCUCCCCGAAUACCAAUCCUCACGUCAGGUGAGCGUCUUUCUCUCCAUGCCGGCUAAGGAGAUAGAUACUUCUCGGAUUGUGGAGGAUGGCCUUGAGAGUGGUACGUAAUCGUAUCACGGCCCGCUCGUGGCUUCCCUUGAAUUUGUAGUUAAUUCCCCACAGGUAAACGGCUAUAUGUACCUUAUAUAUAUCGCCAGCCCCCGACCCAGCCGGCCUUAUCUGACCCCGCUUCAGCUUCCUCCCCCCCAGGCUUGAUGGAUAUGUUGUCACUUCACUCUCUCGCUGACUACCGAUCCUUCAAGCCGGACAAAUGGGGGAUCCCUACGAUUCCAAAUGGUUCGAUAUCCACGAGGCACAAUUGCUUGGAGUGUGAGGAAUCGGUGCCCGAUCUGAUAGUUAUGCCCGGUGUUGCAUUCGAUGAGGGCUUCAAAAGGCUGGGGCAUGGUAAGGGCUAUUAUGACUACUUUCUAGCUAGGUGCGAGGGGGUAUCGGAUAGAGACGGAGUCAAAAGAAAAGGAAGAAUGCCAAUACUAGGUGCUUAUACCCAUAUCACAUGCAAGAUAUACACUUAGGAUGCUGACCCGUUGCAGUUGCCCUCGCACUGAAAGAGCAAUUAUUUGAAGACGGGACCGUGCCGGUGGAUGUCAGUGAUUGGCCUAUGGAUGUGAUCAUUUCUGGGGACGGGAGACUUCUGCGAAGAUAAAUGAUAUCAUAGUAUAAAGAUUUUAGGCUGUGCUAGGCUGCCACGAGAAAUUUCUCGAGUGUGGUACAGUAUUGCACUUGUAAAUGCUUCAACUCGCGAUCAGAAC